CUGAUAGGAAACUAACGACGAGUAAUAGCCAGGAAAUCGCUCGCAAACGAGAAAACAGAAUUAGCGACUGAUAAGUUGCCCAAACGUGACCCGCAUCACAUGACGGCUGGCUGCGAUAUAACUAUGUGAUGGAUGACCCGCAGCUGCAGCGGGCCAUCUACGCGUCCUAUCAGACGGCUCGGGCCCAAGGAUACUCUGUAGCCGGUGGUCGCAGCAGUGCUGGACAGAGCCUCGGGAAAGAAGGUGCUAACUUUGCAAGCAGGCUGGCGGGGCCCGUCGGCGCCUACCGGCAGCUCCCUAGCAGCUACAGCCCUGCCACCCGGUCCCACGCAGUCAGCAGUAGCAAUAGAGGCGGUGGUGGCAGUGGCGGCGGUGGCGGCCUGAGCGGCAGUAGCUACCACCUGCACGCCAAGCAUGGCCGUGUCGACUCGCUGCGGCGCGACGGCAUUCGGCCCGCCACCACUGCAACGGUUGCGGGUGGCGAGGGAGGAGCCAGCUCUAUUUCCGCCCCUAGCCUGGGCGGUAGCAACAGGCCGCUGCCGCCGGGGAGAAAUGACGCAGCUGCGGCGGCGGUGGCGACGCAGCACAGUCAAUACCUCCGGGCCGAUACACGCCGGCGUGGGGCCACCUUCCAGCCAAGCAGCAACACCACCCGCACCAGCAGGACCAACAUCACGACGGCGGCGGAUGCGGUGGCUUUAGGCAGCAUUGGAAGCAUGGGGCCAUAUGGGACUACCACAGUCCCACACAGCGGUCAGAAUCCUGUAAUGGAGGCGAUUGCGGCGGUUACAUCCAGUUCCCUGUCAGCAGCGGAGGCACUGGUUGCGCUGCCAGUAGGCCUGGAACAGUCUGGGCCUGGGGGCCGGCGGUCAGCACCACGGCCGCCCGCAGGUGCACACGACGGCGACGGUGGAGGCAGCGGCGUGAUGGCAGCAGCCGCGCCCAUUGCACCCACUGCAGCGCCGGUCGGUGGGCAGGGACCGCCGCCGCGGCAGUUGGUCCCGGUUCCGGCGGCAAGCGGCGGCGGCGGCGGCGUUGUGAUGGUGCCGGCCGGGGUGGACCCAGCGCUGGCUGAGGCGGUGUUGCGAGACGCUGUCACGUGGGACACAGGCGUGGCGUUUGAUGACAUUGCCGGCUGCGAGGCCGCCAAGCAGCUGCUGCAUGAGGCAGUGGCGUUGCCGCUCGUCAUCCCCGAGUUCUUCACAGGCAUUCGAGAGCCGUGGCGCGGCGUGCUGCUUCACGGCCCGCCCGGCACCGGCAAGACGCUGCUGGCCAAAGCGGUGGCGGGCAUGGUGGGCGGAGCCUUCUUCGCGGUGAGCCCCGCCUCUCUGACCAGCAAGUGGCGGGGCGAGAGUGAGAAGCUGCUGUCAACCCUGUUUGAGCUGGCGAGGGCGAACGCGCCCGCCGUAAUUUUCAUGGACGAGAUAGACGCGGUGGGCUCGGCGCGCGGCUCGGAGGGUGAGCACGAGGCCAGUCGCCGCUUCAAAGCUGAGCUGCUGCAGCAGUUAGAUGGGAUGUGCAGCGGCCGUGGCGUGAUGCUGCUCGCCGCCACCAAUUGCCCCUGGGACCUGGACCCAGCACUGCGGAGGCGGCUGGAGAAGCGUAUCCUAAUUGGGCUGCCCGACGCCGCGGCACGACUGGCGCUGCUCCGGCUGCACCUCCGCGGCGUUAGCCUGGCGGCGGAUGUGGACCUGGCGACGGUGGCAACCGCCUGCGAGGGGCUGAGCGGCGCCGACAUCCGGCUGAUGUGCAGGGAGGCCGCCAUGGCGCCCCUGCGGCGACAGAUAGCCACCCACGACAGAAGGCGUGUCAACAAUGGCACCAUCAUCUCCAUUCCACCUCAUUCCGAUCUCGAGCCUGCGGCAGCAUCAGAGCCACAUGCGGCGCAGCACCCCACUUCCGGAAGGUCGGCGGCGUCCACGGCACCGGCGGAAGCGCCGCCGGCACCCCCGCGGCUCCGCUCGGUGGCUGACCUACGGCGGCUGGCGGACAGUGGCGAGCUCGCACGCGGAUUGGUGGUGACAGCGGCAGACCUGGCGGCGGCGCGGGCAGCGCUGCGGCCUUCCGUUUCCCCGGAGCAGGUUGCGCGCUACAUCGCAUGGGACCAGGACUUUGCGUCAACGUAGGGGGGCUGUGCGCCAGUAGCAGACGAGCGGGCUGGGGCAGUUGGGUGUGGGGCAGGUCGAGGUGGUGCCAAGAAUGGGUCAGGCAGGGCAGCUGAUUACAGUGCCCUCCACGGGUGCGACAUGCCCCCAUGGUGUGUUAGGGCCAUCUGUGGACCGGGGCUCUCGCCAACGCGGUGUCCCCACAUGCGAAUGAUGUGUUGAUAGGACAGACGACCACUCAGGACGGUGUAAGAGGGAUAGCGC